UACAGAUGGUCUCUCCUACCUGACGGUCCUGCGGCUGCGCACUCCACACACUUAGCCAGUCCGCUAACGCUUCACAUCCUGAGGUAAAAACAAACAGGUAACCGAGAAACACGGAGGAAAUUCGUUCUCACGCUUCGUCCUGUCGAAAUAUUUCAGGAUUACCGGCUCCGGUCUCCGCUGUUCACACACACUCUAAGGGACAGGGUAAGGGCUGUGUGUUGUGUAUCAGUCGGUGGGUAAGCGCGCGCGCGUGUGUGUGUGUGUUAGUUUGGACUCCGGGAUGAUGACUGUGGACGGUGCCGCGGUGCUGCUCGGUGUGCUGCUCACGGCGCUCUGUCGGCCCUCGGUGGAAGCGCUCGCGAGCUCCUCGCCCCCGGACCCGUGCUACGAAGAAAACGGCCAGGCGCGCCGCUGCAUCCCGGACUUCGUGAACGCCGCGUUCGGCCGGGAAGUGCGCGCGUCCAGCACGUGUGGCCAGAAAAGCCCGAGCCGCUACUGCUUGGGGACGGAGAGAGGCGGCGGGGAGCGGAGCCGCGAGUGCCGCGUGUGUGACGCGUCCGACACCAAAAGGCGCCAUCCGGCUUCGCACCUGACCGACCUGCACAACCCACACAACCUGACGUGCUGGCAGUCGGAAAACGGCGUCCGGUACCCCCAGAACGUGACGCUGACGCUGUCUCUUGGGAAGAAGUUUGAGGUGACGUACGUGAGCGCACAGUUCUGCUCGAUCCGUCCGGACUCCAUGGCCAUAUUCAAGUCAAUGGACUACGGCAAGACGUGGGUUCCGUUCCAGUACUACUCGAGCCAGUGCAGGAAAGUGUACAACAAGCCGAACCGGGCCGCCAUCACCAAGCAGAACGAGCAGGAGGCCGUGUGCACGGACGCGCACCAGCAGCAUCAGCAGCAGCAGCCGCACCAUCAGCAGCCGGUCUCGGGCGGCCUCGUGGCCUUCAGCACGCUGGACGGCCGUCCGUCCGCUCACGACUUCGACAACUCGCCCGUGCUGCAGGACUGGGUCACGGCCACCGACAUCCGCAUCACGUUCAGCCGCUUGUACGGCGAGGAGCGCAAGGCCGAGACAGAGGACGAGGAGGAAUCGCACUUCUACGCCGUGUCCGACCUGCAGGUGGGCGGCCGGUGCAAGUGUAACGGGCACGCCUCGCGCUGUGUGCGCGACCGCACCGGAGAUCUGGUGUGCGAGUGUAAGCACAACACGGCGGGACCCGAGUGCGACAGGUGCAAACCGUUCCACUACGACCGACCGUGGCAGCGCGCGACCGCCAGAGAGGCCAACGAGUGUGUCGCGUGUAACUGUAACCUCCACGCACGGCGCUGCAGGUUUAACAUGGAGCUGUAUAAACUGUCUGGGAGGAAGAGUGGAGGCGUCUGUCUGAACUGUCGCCACAACACGGCUGGGCGCCACUGCCACUACUGCAAGGAGGGGUACUACAGGGACCUGAGCAAACCCAUCACUCACAGGAAGGCCUGCAAAGCGUGUGAUUGCCAUCCUGUUGGUGCUGCGGGAAAAACGUGUAACCAAACCACAGGCCAGUGUCCGUGUAAAGACGGCGUGACGGGUAUCACGUGCAACCGCUGCGCUAAAGGCUACCAGCAGAGCCGCUCGCCCAUCGCCCCCUGCAUCAAAAUACCUUCUGCACCACUAACGACCACAGCGAGCGUCACGGAGCAGCCAGCAGACUGUGAUUCCUACUGCAAGGCGUCCAAAGGGAAGCUGAAGAUCAACAUGAAAAAGUACUGCAAGAAAGAUUAUGCUGUCCAGGUGCACAUCCUAAAGUCGGACAAGGCAGGCGAGUGGUGGAAGUUCACGGUGAACAUCGUGUCGGUGUACAAGCAGAACGAGAGCCGCAUCCGCCGAGGAGACCAGCUGCUGUGGGUGAGAGCCAAGGACGUGGCCUGCAAGUGUCCCAAAAUGAAGACGGGCAAGAAAUACCUGCUGCUGGGGAACAACGAGGAUGCGCCGGGGCAGAGCGGCAUGGUGGCGGAUAAGGGCAGUCUGGUCAUCCAGUGGAGGGACACGUGGGCACGGAGACUGCGCAAGUUCCAGCAGAGAGAGAAAAAAGGCAAAUGUAAGAAGCCUUAAAGAGAACUGAGGAUGGAGAAGCUCAGAGACACAGAGAGACACAGGGAGACACAGAGAGACGCACGACGAGCUGAACUCAAACACAAACACAGAUCUGACACAAUGCAGAGAGAGAGAGCGUGAGUGUGAACACAGCCGCGUCAAACAGAGAACCGGGAAGCGCGCGGCUGACAUGAAGGAGCACCGGACCGCUUCGUCUUCACCUCCUCCUGCAGCGCUCGCUCGCGCCGUGUGGACGUGCAGCGCGUCUCUGUUAAACCUCCUCACUCUCCUCACUUCAGUUUACAGACUCUCUCACACACACACACACACACACACACACACACACACACACACACUCUCUGGAGGGUUUAGUUAUCAGCUCUUCCAGCAGCACUGGUUCUCCUGUUCGUCUCUGAAGGAUGGCCGUGUUUAUAGUGUGUGUGUGUGUGUGUGUGUGUGUUUAAUCCUGUGUGCAGUACGACGUACAGUAAAUCCCUUUCAGUUUAUAAACUUGCUCUAUUAACACUUCAUGUGCAGUUAAUCUCGUUAAUACGCGCAACACAGCAGCGUUCUAUUGUGUUUACAUGGGAAUGCAUGUGUACCAUGCCUCACACACACACACACACACACACACACACACACGUUUCCUGCUACACAACAGGUUCAGAUUUUGAAAUAACUGAGAAGUUCAUGUUUAUUAAUGAAGCUCGUUAUUAAUUCUGAGUGAACACGAGCGCAAAAAAAAGACAAUGUUCUAUUGUGGUGUGAAGUUUUCAUCUCUCACACACACACACACACACACACACACACACUGUGCCGUAUCCAUUCUCCAUCACUCAGAAAUAAUUUAAAAACCUUUGUCCUUCUGUGCAAUUCAAAAUGUCUGACCGUUGUUGGUCACAUGACCAUCAGCUCUGCAUUUCAUUGGCUAAAGAGCACUCGAGCGUUUCAUCUGUAACGCGGAUAAAAUGUAGAAAUAAAUCUCAUCAGCGUGUGGUGUGAAGGUUAAAGCAGAAACCCUGCAGCGGGCAGAACGCGAGAGAUGUUCCUCACCGACCUUAAUCACACACACACACACACACACACACACACACACUUAGAACUGACGAGUCCAGUUUCAGUUAACUAGAUUAAAUUGACACAGAAUAAUUUUCAGUUCAUAAAUUAAAUAUUUGACAUUUUUAGGAUUUUAAAUCACAGUCAGUUUAACGCCUCAGGUUUUGCUCUCGAGUUUCUUCUUGAGUCAGAAUCACUAAACACAUUAUAAACAGAAAUUCAUAAAAAAAACAUUAUGGAUUUAUUGAAUUUUAUCACUUUACUAUUUUUUUGUUCCAUGUUUUUCGAAUUUAACCUUUGAAAUUUCCACAUUUUCUAAUGUUUAUGAAUUACUUCAUUUUAAAAUGGUUGUUUCGACCCUGACACUAAUUUCUCAUUAAACAUUUAAAGGUUUUUCAGAUUGUUACACACGACUGAUAAAUCUUUAUUUCCGUUCGUUAAGACAGGAUGUUGUGUAGCUCUGAAACCUGAAUCGGCCCGAGACUGACGGAUCGACACUCAACACUUCUGUUUCAUUACAUCAGUGUUAAAAUAUCACACCGCGUACAGCAACGCGCACUCAGGAGGGAGAUUAGCAGCGUAAAAACCUCUCACACACACGCGCGGCUCAUGUUCAGAGAUGAUAAUGAUUUUAAUGAAUUUAAUAAAUCAUUCGGCCUGAAAAAAAAUUUCAUUUUAAUGAUUUACAGAAUAAUCUCUACUGCAGCGCUCUGUACUGUCUUAUUGGGUAGGAGAAUAAACGUGUGUGUGUGUGUGUGUUUUAAAUGAGACCACAGUAUUAAUGGAACAGUAACUCUGUGUUUGUUGUUUUUGUGUGAUUCGGUUAUUUACUGUAUAGUGUUGUGCUGCAGUGUGUAGAAACUGCGUCGCUCUGAUCUGCUGCUCCGAGUUUCAGAGUUUCAGAGUGAGAGUUUCAGGUCACUGUGUGGUGUGUGUCGAUGUGAAACUGUAAAAUUCCCCUUUUAUUCCGAGCUCAAAUUGUUAAUCACAUGACCAGCAUCUCUGCCUUUGAUUGGUUAAAUGAGAAAUUGUUUUUUUUUUUAACUCUGUUUCUAUUGUCUUUUAUGAAUAAUAAAAUCAUAAAGUUCCAUAAAAAUGUUCACAUGUAACCCAGAAUAGGAACAAAUUAGUCCUUUAUUUUUAUUAUUCUCAUUUUGUGUAUUUAUUGUUUAAUUUCUCUUUAAUUCAUGCUCUUUUACUA